ACAGAAAAGAACGAAGAAUCCGCGAUUGAAAAGAAUGAAGAAGCCAUGACUGAAAUUAAUGAAGAAGCCAUGACUGAAAAGAACGAAGAAGACCACUACAGAAGAGAACUUAGAAGCUGCAACGGAAAAGAACAAAAAGAGUGCCGUGGUGCUGUGUAUGGACGUGGGACUCGCAAUGAGCCAUUCCAACCAAGGCAAGGAGUCUCCGUUUGAGCAAGCCAAGAAGGUUAUGAUGCUCUUCCUGCAGAGACAGGUGUUUGCAGAAAGCAAGGAUGAGAUUGCAGUGGUUCUGUAUGGCACGGACACCACAGAUAAUGCCCUGGCUCGUGAAGAUCAGUAUGAGAACAUCUCUGUCCAUCGCCACCUGAUGCUUCCAGACUUUGACCUUCUAGAACAAAUAGAGAAUGUAGUUGAGCCAGGCUCUGUGCAAGCUGAUUUUCUUGAUGCUCUGAUUGUAUCAAUGGAUCUUCUGCAGAAGGAGACGCUGGGAAAGAAGUACACGCGACUGCACAUUGCAGUAUUCUCUGAUCUCAGCAGCCCCUUCAGUGUGGACCAACUUGAGGUUAUUAUCGCGAACCUUAAAAAAGCUGAAAUCACCCUUCAGUUCUUUCUGCCUUUCUCUGUUGAUGAAGAAGAGUUUGGAGGUUCCAGUAAUAACAGAGGGAAUGCAGGCAGUUCGGACAGAGGGUGUGGCCCUGGGAAAGGGCUCUCUGAUCAACAGAAAGAAGGCAUUGAGAUGGUGAGGAAGAUCAUGUUCUCUCUGGACGGGGAAGAAGGACUAAGUGAAGUUUUUACAUUUAGGGAUAGUCUAGAGAGGCUGAGCAUUUUCAAGAAGAUCGAGAGGAGGCCUAUGCCAUGGCCAUGCCAACUGACUGUAGGGUCAAGCCUUUCCAUACGCAUCGUGGGCUAUAAAUCUGUUACAGAGGAGAAAGUAAAAAAGACCUGGACUCACAUUGAUGCCAAAACACACAAAAAGGAAGACAUAAAAAAGGAAACAGUUUACUGUCUGAAUAACGAUGAAGAGACCGAAGUGGAAAAGGACGAUACCAUUCAAGGUUUCCGUUAUGGGAGUGACAUUGUGCCCUUCUCAAAGGUGGAUCAGGAACAGAUGAAAUACAAAUCAGAAGGGAAGUGUUUUGCAGUUCUGGGAUUCACUAAAUCAUCCAUGGUGCUGAGUAACCAGUUUGUGGGAAAUCAAGUGAUCAGGAUGUUUGCUCCCUCUGAUGACGAGGCUGCCAGUGUGGCCCUCUCGGCUCUGAUUCAUGCCUUGGAUGAGAUGGAUAUGGUUUCCAUUGUACGCUAUGUUUAUGAUAGGCGAAGCAAUCCACAGGUGGGAGUGGCCUUCCCACACAUCAAGGAUAAGUAUGAGUGCCUUGUAUAUGUUCAGCUGCCAUUCAUGGAAGACAUCAGGCAGUACUUAUUCUCCUCUCUCAAGAACAAUAAAAAGUUCACCCCAACAGAAUCCCAGAACUCGGCCAUUGACUCCCUGAUUGACAGCAUGAGUUUGAUAUAUGAUGAUGGAGAGACUAAAGAGGAUUUAUUCAAAACCAGCAAAUUACCCAAUCCCCAGUUCCAAAGGUUGUUUCAGUGUCUGCAGCACAAGGCCCUAAACCCAGAGAGUCCCUUGCCGCCCAUUGAUCAGCACCUGCUGGACAUGCUUGAAACCCCAGUAGAAGUUAAAGAGGCAUGCAUGGCCCCCCUAGCCACAGUGAAGGCUUGUUUUCCACUGCAAGAGGCCACAAAGAGGAAGGAGGUGAAAACUGCAGACGAGAUCUUCACCAAGAAGACUGAUGAACCUGAUGCUAAAAAACUGAAGGAAGAUGAUGAAGGUUUCAGCCUCUUGCGUCUGGCAGAUGGGAACGUCACUUCAGUGGGGAGCGUGAAUCCAGAUCAGGAUUUCCAGGCAUUGCUGAGACAAAAGAACACAGACUUUAAACAUGUAAGUGACCAGCUGAUAAAGCGCAUUUAUGAGUGUCUGGACGUAAAGCAGACUCAGUACUACAUGAAGAGCAUCCUCUGCAUAAAGACAUUCAGAGAGGAGGCCAUCAAGUUGUCCCAGGUCCGGCUCUUUAAUGAUUUUCUUCAGCUGCUUAAACAGAAGGUGGAUGGCAGUGCACUCAUGGAAUUCUGGGACAUUAUUGUUCAAGAGGAAAUUUCCUUGAUCACAAGUUCAGAAUCCAAAGGCAGCUCAGUGACUCCUGAGGAAGCAAAGCAGUUCUUGGCUCAGAAAGAGGAGAAAGUGGAAGAGGCAGCCAUGAUGGAGGACGAGGGAGAUGUCGACGACUUGCUUGACAUGAUGUAAGGGGCUGAAGCAAAGACCAGAGGAAGAUGAUGCACAGGCUGGAGGAAGAUGAAGCACUUACUAUAAAAUAGAAGACACCCGUUGCCUUUAGCAUCUCACAUGCAUGCGAUUCUGCAGGCCAGAUUGUGUUAGUGCAUCACAGUGCACAGGACCAACAGAUUUUUUUUUUGUAUAUGAUACAUACACUCUUGCAUUCCAUGCGGAAAUAAAGAAGGGCUGAGCGCUGUCAUGUUUAUUACA